AUGCACACUGCAUUCGCCGUGCUCCUGCUGCACGCCAUCGAUGCGACAGAGGCAUCGACAGUAGUCGAAGACUUCCGCAAAAAUGGCUACGCAAUCGUCCAGAACUUCGCGAGCGCCGCCGAGGUCGCCGCCAUGAAGACGGCGAUGCAGGAAAAGACGGACGCGUACUGGGCGGAGCGCUCGGACCCCACCGUCUUCCGGACCGACGCGGGCCAGGAGGCCGCGCAGGCCCGGUCGCGGAAGUUCUUUGAGAGCGCGGACCGCGUCGAGUUCUUCGAGGAGGCCGAGGGCGCGGCGCUGAACAAGGCCGGCCACGCGCUCCACCUCGGGGACGACGCCUUCGGGCGGUAUGCUACUUCUCAGAAGGUGCGAACCCUGCUGCGGGACCUCGGCUACGAACGGCCCGUGCUGCCCCAGUCGAUGUAUAUCUUCAAGGCGCCGUUGCACGGCGGCGCGGUCACGUCGCACCAGGACGCGACGUUCUUGAGGACGGACCCGGACCAGACCGUGGUCGGGCUGUGGCUGGCCUUGGAUGAUGCCACGCCGGAGAACGGCUGCGUCUGGGCGCGGGCCGGGUCGCACCGGGAGCCGCUGCGGCGCGUCUUUGUUAGGGAUCGCGACCGCGGCGAGGCGAACGCGACGAUGGUGUUUGUGAGGACCUGUGCGCAAAUCAAACAGUGCGUCGGCUGCGAAAAGUCAUUUCUCGGCGACAACGCGACCUUGAUGACUGAAUCGAGUGGUGCAAGACCCACACUGCCACACAAUCAAGCUGGCGUCGCGUCGAUGGCGUGGAGGUCAUGAUUCAGCAGUGGCGGAGACGCGCAGCGACAAUUUGAUUUAUGCACAGGUCAGGACGCCGCCGGGGCGUUUCUACUUCUCGGAGCGGCUCGGCGGGCCGCCGGCGAAUGCGCGCGCCGUCGUCGAGGCACCGUGGGAGGGCGCCGACAUGACGCCGGAGGCCGCGCAGCUGCACGGCUUCGCGCCGCUGCCGGCGCGCGCCGGCGACCUCGUCCUGCUGGCGGGCACGCUCGACCACCUGAGCUUCCCGAACACGUCUCCACAGCAGCGCCACACGUUCCAGCUCCACGUCGUCGAGUCGGCCGGGACGGCGUGGCACGCGGCGAACUGGCUCCAG